CAUGCAAACAGUUUGACCGUCCGCCCACUCAGUCAUCCGCUUUCACCAUUCCUCCCAUCAACAAAUCCUUCUGUCCCAUAUGCCCCGUCAGCCUCUCUCUCUCCCCGAUAAUGGACGCCAGCUCCAAAACCGUCGUCGGUGAUGCCCCGCCGACGCAGCCAACGGGCUUCGACUUCCUCACCAGAAAAUCCUACGUCCCUCCUUACUGGGCCUCCCAUCUCAAUCCCAUCCCCUCUCACGUCUUCUCUCUCGGUCAUCUUCCGACUCCAAUCCACAAAUGGAACCUCCCCAAUUUGCCCAACAACACCGAGGUCUGGUUGAAGCGUGAUGACCUUUCCGGCACGCAACUGAGUGGGAACAAAGUCAGAAAAUUGGAGUUCUUGAUGGCCGAUGCCGUGGCGCAGGGUGCUGACUGUGUUAUAACUAUUGGAGGCAUCCAAAGCAACCACUGCUGUGCAACUGCUGUGGCUGCCAAGUAUCUGAAUCUUGAGUGCUAUCUUAUCCUAGGAACAUCUAAGGUCCUUGUGGACCAAGAUCCUGGACUGACUGGCAAUCUCCUGGUCGAGCGUUUAGUUGGAGCUCACGUCGAUCUUAUUUCGAAAGAAGAAUAUGCAAAAAUUGGAAGCGUGACUCUUACUAAUAUCUUGAAAGAGAAGUUGCUAAACGAAGGGAGAAGACCAUAUGUUAUUCCCGAAGCUGGAUCAAACUCCCUAGGGACUUGGGGCUAUAUUGAAGCGAUUCGGGAGAUUGAGCAGCAGCUUCAGACUGGGACUGGCCAUUUAAAAUUUGAUGAUAUAGUUGUAGCAUGUGCCAGUGGGGGUACUAUUGCUGGUCUUUCUCUGGGAUCAUCACUGAGUGCGUUGGACGCAAAGGUUCAUGCAUUCUCUGUUUGUGACGACCCUGAUUACUUUUAUGACUUUGUUCAAGGCCUACUUGAUGGACUUGAUGCAGAUGUUGACUCACGUGAUAUUGUUAACAUUCAAAAUGCCAAAGGUCUGGGCUAUGCAGUUAACACCUCUGAGGAGCUUAAAUUCGUUAGGGAAGUUGCUGCAGCCACUGGUGUUGUCCUUGAUGCAGUAUAUUGUGGGAAAGCUGCUUAUGGGAUGAUGAAAGACAUGGCUGAAAAUCCAAUGAAGUGGGAAGGAAGAAAGAUCCUCUUCAUACAUACGGGUGGACUCCUGGGUUUGUUUGACAAAGUUGAGCAGAUGGGCACAUCUUUGGGGAAUUGGCAUCGAAUGGAUCUCGAUGAAGACAUUCCUCGCAAAGAUGGUAUUGGAAAAAUGUUCUAAAGUAAAACAAACAUUGAAGUGAUUGUGUAGCACUAUUGUGUUGAUGCACGUAAAAAUACUCCUACAUAUAUACAUAUAUAUAUAUAUAUGCCUAUAAUGAGUUGCGAGUUCUUUGCUCCAAA